AUGGAUUCAACAGGAUUAUUGCGGUUACCACUUAUAAGCAGAAGCCAAAGAAACUCGUCGUCUACUGCUGCUACUACACCUUUGAGAAGUCCUUUCUUGUCACCAGCCCAAUCACCGUCAAACCAUGCUGCUCAGCUAGAAAAAAAGCUUGGAAAAUAUCUGAAAAAGAAAACUAAUCACAGAUCAGGCUCAAUUGACCUUGCCUGCUUUCACGAAGAACCAAAUAAAAGAUUAUUCCUAAUAAAUAAAUAAAUAUUUAUAAAAUAUAAUUUCCAUCAAUUUUCUAUUAAAAUAAAGCUAACCACAGACAACAAAAAAUACAAAGCCCUUUAUUUUCUAAUAAAUUUUUUUAAUUCAUACAAAAACCUACCCAAAUUAUCCCAAAGAAACCAGUACAAUCAUAUAGAAAACAGCUCCAAUAUAGCUUAUCUCGAAGAAAUCGAUAAAGUCCGAUUAAAUCCGAAGCCAUUUGGAAUGAUUCAGAAAGAAGGACUAGAAACGACAAUUGAUAUACACAUGUAUAGUAUGGGCGAUAAAUACGCAGAAGCGUUUUCUACUGGUCUGGAUAAGCUCAAGAGUGUAGAAGCUUUAAAUUUAAAAGGAAACGGCCUCAGUCAAAAAGGGGCGACCAAGAUUAUCUCGAAUCUUGGCACAAAAAAAGUAAAAAAUCUGAAUUUGGCUGAUAAUAAAAUUGGGGAGAAAUCGAUAGAAAAAUUGAUUGAAAUAUUAAGCAAUCAUCAUUCAGUGCUAAAGCAGCUGAAUUUGGAAAAUACAAAGUUAACUGAUAAACCAGUUAUCAUGCUAUGCCAAUGCUUGACAGAAAAUAAAGUUCUUACAAAGUUAAAUUUAGCGAAGAACAAUAUUAGUGAUAUUUCUGCUAAAAGUAUAGCAGAGAUGCUAUCAUAUAACAAUUGGAUUAGAUUUUUAUGCUGAAAUUUAUAAUUUUAAGUCUAUUUUUAAAGCAAAUAUCUUUUUUUUGUGUAAAAAAUAAAUUUUAUUGUAAAAUAAUAAUGCUAAAUCAAGGCAAAAGCUUAUAGAUUUACAUUGAAAUAAAAUCCGCGGACCAGGCGCUAAAGAAAUUUUUGAAGGGAUCGAGUCCAAUGACGGCUUAAAACACCUCGAUUUAUCAUGAAACGCUAUGGGCAGCAACCAAGACUUAGAAAUCUCCCAAAAAGUUGGCUCAGCCUUAAAAAAAAAUCGAGCCCUCAUACAUCUAGACCUAUCCUACAACUAUUUUACCAUGAAAGAAUGCGAAAUCAUAGGCGAAGAAUUAAAAUACAACCACACUUUACUAGGAAUUCAUAUGCUUGGAAACAGCUGCAAGGUAACUUCACGCGGCUUUAUAGUGCCUACAGAAGGCCAAAGUGGCAUUGAAAGGGCUCAUUUUUUUCAAAGGGCAAUUGGAGCUUCCCCCAGAGCAUCAGAGCACCCCGAGGAAAAUUUAAAUUGCUGGAUCUGUGAAAAAUGGGUAGAAAUGAUAUUUAAAUGGACGCCUGGGGUGUCUGGAGAUGCAGACACUGACCCGAUUUUUUUGAAUUUGGAAUGUGACGAAUAUGAACAAGACUAUAUGGAGAAAAAUGAAAAAGGGACUUUUAUUGCGGUCAGAGCAGUUCCGCAUGGGAAAAUUAAUUUUUUCUUUAGUACGCUGAAAGAGCAUAUGCUUUCUAAAGAAAUUGAUACUCAUACACUGGACGAGCCUAUAGAAAUUAGUGUUGGGAAAAAUAAUAUAGAAAUUUCUGCAGUUAACACAAAAAAUGCAGAAGGGAUAGAAAUGGACCCGAAAAAUCCUUUUGACACCCUUCCAAGAAUGCAUAAUAAAUACCAGAGGCCAAGCGCAGGAUUAGAAAGAAUACAAUGGUCAGUCCCUAUAAGUCUUUUUAAAGACUAUAAAUUUGAUACUGAUGAAUUAAUGCUAGAUGGGUUUGAAUUUGAUUAUAAACAUACUCGUAUUAAUAAUUUUGUAAAAAAGCCUGAAGAGCAAGAAUUAGUAAAAGCUGUUUUAAGAAAAGUAUAUAGGAAUUUCAGAGAAUCUUAUAAGUACAUUUCUGCCAUUGGAGGAAAUGAUGUAUUUUGUAUUGGCUCAAAUCUUUUGACUGAUUUUUUAAAUCAAUGUAGCAUGUUCGAUGAAUAUUUUUCGAUCUCUGACUUAGGUGUAAACUGGAAUUCUACAAAUUCCCAGCCUGAUAAAAAUCAGAUUUAUAAUGCAGGAAAUGGGCUGUGUAGGUACGAAUUUAUGGAAGUUUUAGUGAGAAUUGCUAAUGACAAAUACGUAAGAAACAAGCUAGUAGAAAAUGUCGCUGAAGCAGUAAAAAAAAUGAUGGAAAAUCAUAUUUACCCUGUCUUCUCCCAAUAUGAUUCCAAUAAAUGACGAUUUGAAAGGUAUGUAUGUGAAGAUGUCGAUUUAUGCUUAAAAUGCCAUAGGCUCAUCUUAGAUACCUUAUACAAAAGAUAUAGUGGCAAAAAGACUCUUCCAGGCAAAAAGCCUUUUAUGUGUUUAGACGAGUUCAGAAGUCUAUGCACAGAUGCGAAUCUUAUAAGUGACACUUUUGCUACAAGAGAAAUAGAUAUUUGUUAUUCCCAAUCCAUGAUGACACAAGUUGACGAACUUUAUAAAUCCCGACACAUGGAAAUGAGCUUUGUUGAAUUUCUAGAAGCAAUUUGCAGAGCAGCUGAUUUAUCAAAUCUUCCUAAAAUCACAGGCGAGUUACAAGAAAAUAUAAAAGAUUUACCUCUAAAGGCGAAAUUGGAGAACACAUUUCCUUACCUUUUGAAAAUUUGCCCAUUCAGCGUCAGAGACUCCUUUGUAUUUCCUACAGAAGAUACCUAUUUCAAUUUGAUGUAUAGGCCAAAAUGUGAGGAUUAA